GUCGACGGCACUUUCGCCACAGUCAGCAGCUCCGAUCCUAGGGAAGCCAAGGAAGUGUGUGGUCUAUCCGCAUCCUCCGAAGAAAUCCCGCGUGUCUCGUUCUGUUCUCCGCUGGCUCCAGGGCCUGAACCUCAGCUUCUUCCCCAGGAACAUCAGCAGGUGCUAGAAGGAGCCAGGCCCAGACCCAGGGAACACCUGACCCAGCGCCCCCAGAGCCGCACCACCUGGAUCAGAGAUUUUUCAAAUGGCUUCCUGAUUGCAGAAAUAUUCUGUAUAUAUUAUCCCUGGGACCUUAAAUUAUCAUACUUUGAAAAUGGAACCUCUUUAAAAGUCAAGUUGGAUAACUGGGCACAAUUAGAGAAGUUUCUGGCAAAAAAGAAACUUAAAUUACCUAAAGAACUAAUCCAUGGAACAAUUCAUUGUAAAGCUGGAGUACCUGAAAUAUUGAUUCAAGAAGUUUAUACUUUGUUAACACAUCGAGAAAUGGAGAGUAUCCAGGAUGACAUUGUGAAUUUCACAGACUAUAGUUACCAGAUGCGGUUACCUCUGGUUUCCAGGCCUACAGCUUCAAAGUUUAUUAAAGAUAACAUUAGGUUAACGGAACUAAUAAGCAAUCCCAACAUGCUGAGCAAUGAACUUAAAGUAGAGUUCCUCUUACUUUUACAAAUGUUGCAAAGAAAAUUAAGCAGAAAAUUGAAUCCAGGAUGGUUUGAUGUCAAGCCAAAAAUGGGAGAAAUUACUCUGGAUUAUCUUCCCCAGUGCUCUGGGUGUAAAUAUCCGAAAGUUUCAAAGGAGACAGUUGUACCUUCAUCAAAUACAGGUACUGGUGGUAAAGGACAUAAAAAAAUUCAUGUGAAGCAAGCUGAAAAAUGUCCUAAUGAAUCUGUUUUGAAACCUGUCAGAAACACAGAAAAGAAACCUUGAGAGACACUUAUCUAAUGGCUUUGAAGAAGUGAUGUCACAAUCUCCUGCCACACUACAGGGAUCUAAUCACUUACUCUUUCAUGUAUUUCAGUAAUAAAUAACAUGUCGUCUUAUUCAUAAUUGGGAUGGGGUGAUUUCUUUUUCAAUUCAAUAGCUAUUUAUUAACUACUAACUGUUGAAGAUACAAAAUCAAAUAAAUUGGGACAGAAUGAGCUAAACUAAUUUUAAAGAUACCAUUAAACAUAAUUCACCAUAGCAAGUAAAAGUUCUUUUUCAUAAAUUUUGUAGGAAUAGUGUGUGGUUUGUAAUAUACUUGCCUCAUGAGAAAUUGAGCUUUCGCUUUGCCUGAUACAUAUAUUUACAUGUUGCAUUCAUUAAUAAAAACAUAUUCUAAAUGGUUUCUAGAAAACAUUGGCCCAUAGAAACUCUUGCUCAGUUCUAUGAGUAGCUUUAAUUUAAACCAUUUUCAAAGAAUAAGUCCCCCUCAUGUUGAUAACAAGUUGUGGGAAAGGAAACUUUUGCUCUUCUUGGAAUCUGAUUCUGGUGUUUAGUCAUCCAUUUAGUUCAAUUAAAAAAUCUGAUUGGUUGCUGCCAUGUCCCAUUUUAUAUUCAUAUAUGCAAAAUAUUAUUCAACUGUAAUUACUCGUUUUAAUGCUGCUUCAUCAAUAGUCUCAUUUGACUUGCAAGAGUAAUAUGACUAAUAGUGAAUCCAACAAUUAAAAUGGCAUGCCAUAUUAGCAGUUUUUUUGCUUUUAUGAAGGUUAACAUGUCUACCUUCAGAGACUUUCUUUUUAAAUUUUAUACUUUGAAUAUGUCAUGUGUGGGAAAAGAAUUUAAGGAGAGCCUGGGAGAUACAGAUAAUUUCUGUGACAUUUUUCAAAAGCAAGGUUUUUCUAAGUUAAGAGAUCUAAUUCAAAUACAUCUUAACCAGAUAUAGUAAUUGACUGCUGGCUUGCAUUAUAAUGGGACAACUGUCACAAGAAUAAUAUUUUGAAGCAAUAAAAUGUAGUUCCUUAAGUAAAGGUUUUAAGAACAGUCUUCGAUACUUUUGGAAAAGCUCUACAGAAAAGGAUUAGGCUUGGGGAAACAGUCACAUAAUAUACAUUUUUUCCUCUUGGUUUUGUCUUCAGUCUCCUAAAGCAGCCAAUCACUCACAGCCUUUCUGUGGUAAAUUCCCAAGAUUCCGGAGCAGCCUAUGGAGAUUGAAAAAUGGGAAACAGUCUGUAAUCUGAUUACAAAUAUGUGGGUAGCAAGCAUAGUCCAAGUAGGUAACCUCAAUAACUUCUUGAGGAUGAGUUAUGUCAACAGAAGCCAACACUACAGGCGUGACUGAGGAAGACUAUUUACUUCAUAACAGAUACUUAAUGAACUUUUCUAGGAGCUCCAGUAGUUCCAGUAGCAGCAGCACUUUCUUAAUCUGCAGAGUUUAUCAUAGAAGCUACUGUGAUAGGCUGUUUGUGUUAAUUAGUAAGCACUCUUCCCAUUUUAUAACACUUUUGGAGUGUGCGGUAGUCAGUGCUUUUUACAGGUCUAGAUCAGUUUCUUGAAUAAUUCAGUAAAAUGAUUUUCCUAGCUUUCUGAAUAGGAUAACAAGUCAGAUAGGCCUUCAUAUCUCCAAUGACUGGUUCAGGAUUUACAGAGAAACAGUGUCUUUCAAUGGUGGUUUUAGGGAUGAGAGUUCUGCUCAUCUUGGCAGGUUUUAAUGGUAUCAUUUAUUAAAAUUCAAGGCACCUCAAAUACAUACAUAUAUAUAAAUCUAGAUAAUGACAUUCCAUAUUAUAGCUCAGACAUACCAUAUUUAAAUUAAGCGUGAAAGUACAUAUUUCAAUUAU